CGUAUCAAGUCCAGACUGACUAUUGGUUUGGAGUUCGUGGUUUACCACACGGUUUAACUCCGCCUCGCCGCACCACCACCGCCGCCGCCGCCGCCGCCGCAAGUGGACCACGGCUUCCACCACUACCGGACCCUUCUUCUGCGGAGGGGGCUUAUUAUAUCGCUCCCCCAAGUCUACUUACUUUCCCUUUUUCCUCUCUCCCCCUUUGAUUAUAUCUUCCGUCUCUCUUCUUCUCUACUUCUACCAUCUCUUUCACAAGGUUAUGUUCCCGGAAAGUCUCUACGUGCCUGGUUUGAUGGGAGAUACGCCGUCUCUCCCUCUCCGUCUGCGUCUUCUUUCCCUGGGCUCCGGGCCCCUCCGGCUCGUGACUGGAAUCUGACCUCCUUUCCUCCUCGUCCAAUUUGUCUCGUGCCCACCUUCUUUGUUUGUUUUCUUUUCCCUCCCCCUUUUCAUCUUGAUCACUCCCCAUCAAGUAUGUUUCGAGUCGGUUCCUGGCUUUACGGCAAGAAGCCGGGUGCCAAUGCCUCCACUCAGUCCUUGGACUCUUUGUCCGAACUACGGGAUCUCGAGGAUGCCAUGAGGGCCGCGACCUUAAUCCUCAAUGACGAUGUGGAUGGCGCCGAGGAUGGCCUGUCGGAAGGCACUUCCUCCUUCCACAAUCUCGGAAGAGGUGUGGUCGCUUUCAUUCGUGCCACUUUGGGUUUUGAACAGGAGAUUAUGCGGCAAGCUUCGGAGCGGCUCAACGCCGCCGAGACCAGCGCCGCCAACGAUCAACAUCGCGCGCAACAUAACUCCAACGCGCCCAAUUCAUACCACUCCCAGAUCUAUGCGCCGGGGACGGAGUUUGCCCUCUGUCAGGCUAUGGCGCAGCUCAUGAGUGCGGUGGUCGGGGUCCUGAAUGAGAGUCUGACGGAGAGUAUCAAAGGGUUUUAUAGACUACGGAAGGCCUAUAUCACGCUGGACGCCAUUCUGAAGAUGGAACAAAAGUUCAUCAUGCAAGAGCGAAGUUCUGGGAAUAGCACACCGACGGAGAAGAGCAGCUCUUCGACCAAACUCCCCGGGCCAAGUGCCACGACUAGAACGGCUCCUGCGUCGCCGGUGGAUGCUGCCGGGCUCUCGAAGCAGUUGUCUGGAUUGACGGUCUCGGCCAGCACCGAGACGUUGACCACCAACUCCGAUAUGCUGGACCAGGACCCUGAGUCUGAUAUCUUCAAGAAUCAGAUCGAUGUGUUCAUCCACUCGGGUGCUAACUUCUGUUUUGGGAUCCUCCUGGUCCUCAUCUCCAUGGUCCCGCCUGUGUUCAGUAAAUUGCUUGGCAUCAUUGGCUUUCACGGAGACAAAGAGCGCGGGUUGAAGAUGUUGUGGCAGGCAAGCAAGUUCCACAAUCUGAUCGGAGCCCUCUCCGCCUUUGCCAUCCUGGGCUACUCGAACGGGUUCGUCCGUUACUGCGACAUCAUGCCCGACCCCGCCUCGCCCGAUGACGUGCAGGGCUACCCGCAAGAGCGCCUUGAGGCUCUCUUGGCGCUGAUGAGGCAACGGUUCCCGAAGAGUCAGCUGUGGCUCCUGGAAGAGUCACGCAUGAAUGGCGCGAACCGCAAGUUGGACGUCGCCUUGGAGCUCCUGUGUGGCAAGGACCGCAGUCCGCUCAAGCAGGUCGAGGCAUUGCGGGUGUUUGAACGGAGUUUGAACGCAAUGUAUCUCCACAAGUACGAGCUGUGCGCUGAGUCCUUCAUUGAGUGUGUGGACCUGAACUCGUGGUCGCGCUCGCUUUACUACUAUAUCGCGGGCGCCUCGCACCUCAGCCUGUACCGGGGUCUGCUUGCGACCGAUGCCAGCGCCGCGGCCAAGCACGCUGACCAAGCCACCGAGUACUUCCGCAUGGCGCCGCCCCUGGCUGGCAAGAAGAAAUUCAUGGCGCGCCAGCUGCCAUUCGAUGUGUUCGUCUCGCGCAAGAUUGCCAAGUGGGAAGCCCGCGCCAAAGAAUGGAAGGUGUCCCUGGUCGAGGCGGUGGGCGUCGACCCGAUCGAGGAGAUGAUCUUCUUCUGGAACGGCCACAGCCGAAUGACCCAGGCCCAACUGGAGGAGUCGUUGACGAAACUGGCCUGGUCCGAGGGCCCCGACAACAAGUCGACCUGGGCGCGUGAAGGGCCGGAGGAGAAGGCCAUUCUGCAGAUCCUGCGCGCGGCUGUCUUCCGCUCGAUGCGGCGACACGACGAGGCCAAGGAGCUGAUCCAGACGGGCAUCUUCAGCCAGGACAAGUCACUAUUCACGGGCCAUCUCCGCGACGACUGGAUCUAUCCGGUCGCGCACUUCGAGAUGGCGGCCAACCUGUGGAUGGAACGGCCGACGUACCAGGCGCUGCACGGCAAGGCUGUCACCGCCGCCAAGGAGACUGGCGGUGAGAGCGAGCCGGGGCAGCUGGAACGGCGGCAGGUGCGGGACUGCAAGGAGCAUCUCGAGAAGGCGGCCAAAUGGGAGAGUUACGAGCUGGACGCGCGCAUCGGGCUGAAGGUGACGGCGGCCAUGGAGGCGGUGCAGAAAUGGGAAAGCACCCAUAGCGUCGGUGCUUGAGAAAGGUUUUAACUGCAAGUACAUACAUACACAUACAUACCCGGAGGGAAGUCGAUGACGAUUGACGAGUAUAAUGACGGGCUGUACCAGUAUCUGCCGGCGUCCACAUGAUACAGAGGAAUAUAUUUUACAUAGGGUAAGUGAAUAGGGAUGAAUAGAUAGACC